CCCUCUCCCCCUCUCCUUUUCAGUCUUAUGGCUGGCUUUGAGACUGUUUAUGCGAUUCACAACUUCGAAGCGGAGAAUGACGACGAGAUUGCAUUCUCCAUUGGCGAGCCUGUCAUUGUGCUUGAAAAAGACGACGGGUACAAUGACGGUUGGUGGCAGGGUCGUAAUAUCAAAGGAGAAAUUGGCUUAUUUCCCGUCAAUUAUACGGCUCCGUUGGGCAGCGAGGCAUCGCUGAGUAACAAAACGGAUUCGUUGCAAGAGGUGGUGUCGGACAUGCAGGUACCAUCUCAAUUACCGACUCCGUCAACGUCAGCUUCAACGGGGCAAUCACAGGAUUCGCUGCCAUAUACAGAUUCGGUGUCUUCGCUUAAUUCCGCCCCUUUGCAAGUCUCAGCCGCGUACAAAAAUGUACAAAGAGCGGUCCUCGCCUCGUUGUCCCUGCCCGCCCUCAAAACAAGUUCACCUGAUGAAUGGGAUGUGGAACAAGUGGCUCUCUGGCUGACCACCAUGGGAUUCGAAACCGUGGCCGAUAAUUUUAAAGCACAAGAAAUCACCGGCGACAUUCUCGUCGAACUCACUUUGAACUCCCUAAAAGAAUUGGAAGUCAAUACUUUUGGCAAACGUUUCAAAAUCCGCACCGCCAUCACGGCUCUCCGUGAAGAAUUGGCUCGGCAGCAUAAACUCUACCGACGAUCGCUGCGAAGUUCAAGUACAAUGAUAACUUCUGAGGACAUGUCAGUAAACCAUGCAUAUCAUAAAGCCCACCUUCGUCAAAGUGAAUAUCGUUGGCGUUCGACUCGUCAUUUGGAUUCAACCCACUUGUCGCAAAAAAAGCGCAUCCAUUCGGAAGGACCGCUCAAUUAUGGAGCGACGCAUCAAAAGACCAAUAUGGCACGCGCUUAUUCCACAUCGGCAGGUCCACCUCGAAACCACAGCAACAAAGGCGCCGUGAAACGAAGAACCUAUGCAGGAGGUUUCGAAGCAAGGCAUUCGGAUUUCUCCAGUGAGGAAGACUAUUUCAUCCAUUCUUAUCUAUCCGACUCGCGAUCACAAACGGUGUUGCCGGUGGCCGUGAGAGGGUCGGAGGACCGAAUGGGGGCUUCCAACGAAAGCAUCACACCCGAUAACGAAGGAUGGUUGCAUAAACAAGGAGAUAAAUACAAAACAUGGAACAAACGAUGGUUUGUCCUGAAAGGCCCCAAUUUAUUCUAUUUCAAAAGUCCAAAGGACGUUCGAAUGAAAGGCAUUAUUCAUCUUCGAGGGUAUCGCAUUGUCGUCGACGAAACCAUUCAUCCUGGCAAAUACUGCUUCAAAACGCAACAUGACCGAGAACGCACCUUUUAUUUCUUUACUGAUACCGAAUCAAGCAUGAAAGCUUGGAUUAAGGCAUUAAUGAAAGCAACCAUCUCACGCGAUUUCACCGCACCCGUCCUGUCAUCCAGUUCCAUACCGACCGUGACCCUCGAUAUUGCUCAACGCAUGAAACCGAGACCACCGUCCACGCUACUCUACCGAAAAGAUCAGCGUAUACAAUCAGCUCACAUUCCCAAUCCCCGUUCUCGGCGUCGUCACUCGUACGAAUCUCAGAAUACCAGCACAGAUCAGUCCUCUUCGGCGGAUUGGAUCAUGCAAGAAGAAUCAGGCACCAUUAUAAGCAGCGAAAACUCUCUGGGUGACGCAACGCACAGUUCCGUGUCGAGCGAACCCAAGGAACUCAAGGACUCUGGGUUUGAUUGCACGGAAUCACAACGAUCGUCGGCUUCCAGUCGCAUGGUGAGUGCGACAAGUACCAUGGAUCAGUCGGAAGAAGACCCUGUUGCAGAGGAAUACGAAGAAUGCCGCACUCGAGCAACGCCAUCGAACGACGGCGGGAGCAGUUUUGGCGUAGAUCAGCAAGAAGACUUCCACAGCUUGAUGAGCAUGACUUCAUGGACAUCAUCACACUACGUGGAGUGGAUCAACUGUAUUGUUCAGCAUGAUACUCUCACACAUUUAAGCGAGCUACGAACAGGGGACAUUUUGAUCGAAUUACUUGAAAUUUUGAGCGGCAAAGAAGUGCGACGACCACCGUCAUCACACAACGGUCCCGCAAGUAUGCAGAUGCUAGAUAAUAUUGUGGCCGCAUUCAAGUUUAUGAAUCGUGAAGGCGUGGACGUGGAACGACGAUUUACCAUUAAAGAUAUUUUUGGUGGCAAUGAAGAAAAGAUCAUGGACAUGUUAAAAAGUAUUCGAGAGACCUACGACAGCCAAGAAGCCACUGAAAGCAUCUACGAAUGAACUGUCGUCUACCGAUGAACGGAAAAAAAAUCUCAAUGACCCACUGCUAAUAUAUCCUACUUCGUAUAGUAAUAUCUACUUGCUUGUUAUAUCUGCCAGCGUAAUUAUAAUUAUAUCGUCCCAAGAAAACUGAUAUCGACCACUUGAUUGCGGGUAAUCAGGUGGUAUGAUAUAUAUCUUCUCUAUACACGUUUUUAUGACCGUUCUAUUCAAAUUAAAUCCAAGUUUUUGCCUCCGUAA